AUGGCCAAGACCGUCAAGAGUAAUAAGCGAGCCGACCGACGGGCCAUGCCCGAGGAUAUCAACCUCGAUUCUCCCGCCAAAACCGACCGAGACUCCGGUAAGGCUAUUGUAGCUGAGGCCAUUGCCAAAAUGAAGGUACGAGAGGGAGAUCACGAUGAUCUGGACGACAUUAUUGCCCAGAAGACCACUCUCAGUGGCGGAGGAGUUACCAAGCGAGGCCACAAGUCUUCCAAGCAAAAACUGCGACGAAAGCAGGCAAUGGAGCGAGCCUUCGAGAACCAGGAGCAGCUGGCCCACAAGACCGAGACUUCAAAAAUCCGAUUCAAGAAGAUCAACAAGAACCGAAAGGCCACCUGGGAGGAGACCAACGAGAAGCUGGAGGCUGAAAAGCGACAUAAAAUGAAGGAUGCCCGAGAGAAGGCUGAGAGAGAGCGAGCAAAGAACGCUUUUGCUUUGCUAGACGAGAGUGAAGCUUAG